AUGGCCACGCCGGAGCCAGAAGUCCUUUCUCCCGCCGCCGUCCCUGAUUUGGAGUGGUGUGAGAAGUCGGAAGAAACUCAUGUUCCCUGUGUAGAUCUCCUUGAGACAGUUACCUCUGCCCAGGAACCUUCCAACGCAUGGGAGCCCUUUUGUCCAAGAGACGGUCUGGUGCCAGUGGUGCUUCCCGGGCCUGUAAGCCAGGAAGGCUGUUAUCAGUUUUCUUGUGAGUUUCUGAAGCAUAUCACGCACCAGCGCCAGCAGCUCCCUCUGCCGUAUGAACAGCUGAAGCGCUUCUACCGAAAACCACCUCAGCAGGCAGAGGACACCGUGAGGAAGAAACCUCGGGUCACCAGCGAGGUGAACAUCAGGAAAUGUCAGCAGGCCCUGGCAGAACUGGAGAGUGUCCUCGGUCAUCUACAGGACUUCUUUGCCCGGACACUAGUGUUGAUCCUCCUUGGGGGCAAAGCCAUAAACCCCAAGGAAUUCUAUGAACUGGACUUGUCCAGGCUGGCCCCCUUCAGUGUGGACCAGGGCCUGAGCACAGCAGCUUGUCUGAGACGUCUCUUUCGAGCUAUUUUCAUGGCUGAUGCCUUUAGUGAGCUACAGGUUCCUCCGCUCAUGGGCACCAUUAUCAUGGUACAGGGACACCGCGACUGUGGAGAAGAUUGGUUCCGACCCAAGCUCAACUACAGAGUGCCCAGCCGGGGCCACAAACUCACUGUGACCCUGUCGUGUGGCAGGCCUUCCAUCCCAGCCAUGGCUUCGGAGGAUUACAUUUGGUUCCAGGCCCCAGUGACACUUAAAGGCUUCCAUGAAUGAGUGAAUGAGGGUGCUUUUUAAUCGUGAAAACAAUGGC